GUCACUUUUGACAUAUCAAGAACAAAAAUGAGUGACACAUCUUUGUGUGAACCAACAGAAAAAUUCAUCGUUUCAGGUAUCGUCACUAGUAUUGAAUUUCAAAAAAGUAGGUUUAUCACCACGAAACUGCACAGAUGUUUUCCUAAACAAUAUGAAGAACCCGACAUAAGGCCCAUGCUAGAUGUGGAAUGGGAUGAAUACCUCAUGCGAAAACGUAGGAAGUAUGGAAAAGGUUUAUGGUCACUCAGAAAACCUGUAAUGAUAUUUCGGAAUGAUGAAUAUUUGGGAGAUGAUGCUGAUCUCUGGAUACAAAUCUCAAAAAAAUUUCGAUUUUCCUUGAAGAUGGACUGGUACGAAAUUGGAAAAUGUCAUUUCGUUUACUAUUUGCAAGAAAUCAUGAGAAAAUUCCGGCAGCUGGCAUACAUCACUAUUUCUAUUAAUCAUAGGGUAAUAGGAACUAUGAUGUUUGAGCUCUACAAUGAUUUGGUCCCAUUUGCAUGUGAGAAUUUUUUGAAUAAAUGCAAAUCCAGAGACGAUGGUUAUAUUGGAAAACCUAUUCAAAGGCAACUUAUUCAGGGUUCCAAAAUACUGAAGCAAAUUGAAGAGGUGCCAACCCAAUGCGAAUGUCCUCUCUACCCAAUUUCAAUAACAAUGAGUGGGGAGGUGACUUUUGAUAACAAACCAGAUUUCAUAACGACCAAAGAACUUCAAGAAUUCCAAAGUAGAAAAUCCAUGACCAUUUUAGAUGAUCUGAUGGAACCAAAAGACAAACAUAUGUCUUUCAGUUCCGUAUUCUCUCAAAGGAAAUUCGGACAGGGAAAAUACUGUUUGGAAACCGAUAUGAGAAGAUAUCUGCCGUUCGUUCAUUUAUUCGAAUAUUUCGCCCCUAGUGAUAAACUCGGAAAAGGUGGUAAUAUUGAAGGUAAUGAAACGAGUCAAAGCGAGUUGAUGAAAUCACCCCAUGUUGAACCCCAGGAUUUCUAUGUGCCUUGGACAUAUAAAGACAGUCCAUCCUUUAGUGAUAUUACACUUUAGUAUAUUGUGAAGAAUCAUAACAUCUUCUUCAACAAGGAAAACUAAAGAAAAAAUUUAAUAAAUAAAUAAACUGAACAAAUAAAA